UUUGAAGAAAAUUUAAAAAAAACUAAAGGUUAUGUAAUUAGAAAAAUGAAACAGGAUGGAAAUUGUUUAUUUAGGUCAGUGGCAGAUCAAAUAUAUGGGGACCAAGAAAUGCACUCUACCGUAAGAGAGAAGUGCUUAGACUAUAUGGAAGCAGAACGUGACCACUUUUCACAAUUUAUUACCGAAGAUUUUAAUGAAUAUAUAAAAAGAAAAAGAAAUGAUAAGGUAUUUGGGAAUAAUACGGAGAUGCAAGCAAUGGCAGAACUAUUUAAUAGGCCAAUCGAAGUUUACAGCAAAUCAUUGGAGCCAAUUAAUAUAUUUCACCUUUCAUAUCGCGGUAAUCAAUACCCAAUUCGUUUAAGCUAUCAUCACGGGAAUCACUAUGACAGCAUUUGUGAUCUUAGCAAUCCAUCUGUUGGUGUAGGACUAGGAUUUCCCGACUUUCAUCCUGGACAAGCAGACAAAUCCCAAAUGAAUAAAGCUAUUAAAAAAUCAGAAUUUGAUUUAUUAAAUCAACAGCUUUACGAAGAAGCUUUGUUAGACUCUGAUUGGAGAGAAACCGAAAUGGAGAUUGAAGAAGCUGUAUUAGCUGCUUCAAGAGCUGAAUAUUUAGAGAAUUUAUUCAACCAACAUAAACAGAAAAAACAA